UAAAAAAAAAACUACCAAACCCAGCCCUCUACCCUUUCCCGGAAAACAACACACCCCCACCCCCACCCCGCCGGAAUUUCGGCCCCCUCCCCGAAAACCCCUCCCUCGCCAUCGGAAACCGCCGCCCAGCCACCCCACCCCCGAAAACCCCUCCCCCACCCCCAAAAACCCCUCCCUUGCAUCGAACACCACCUCAAAAACCCCAGAUCCGCCGCCCCGCCGCCCAGCACUCCCCCUUCCCUCGAAAUUCACCCCUUUCCUUCCCCCACCCCCGAAAACCCCUCCCCCGUUGCCAGAAAAUGGCGCCCAUCCCUCCCUCACCCUCGAAAUCCAUCCCUUUCCCUUCCCUCACCCUCAAUUUCACCCCCUUCCCACGAAAGCGGCACCCCCUUUCCCCGUCAAUUAGCCACGAAAACAACUAUGCUAAGGUUGUUUCCAGGGUCUGGGAUGGGUGGUGGAGGAAGGCCGGUGGUUUUUAGUGGAAGUCGGGGGUUGUCCGACCGUUUUCCGGUGAAACUAAGGGUCGGGGUUAGGGUUUCGGCGAUUGAGGGUGCUGUCUGUGCGUGGUUUUUUUUUUAAGCCUAUCAUGAUACGACACGUGUGCAAUUAAUCACAAGUCAACAAUGUUUACCUGAUUAACCGGUUGCAAAUCAUUUGGGUGUAGGGGUGGGACUUCAACUCAACCUUAGAAGAUACCGAUAUCAGUGUACCAUGGCAAAAUCACACAACUGUGACAAGCAGCCAGAGUAAUAGCAAAGCAACACUGAUUGGUGGCAUUGUAGCUGGAAAUAGUGUCUUAAUAAUUGGAUUAGGCUCAUUUGUGUUUAUGUGGGAGCGGAGGAGAUCAAGGGGAAGUAUUGACAACAUGAAUUUUGACCAGGAUACUGGGCCAAGGAGGUUCGCAUACAGUGAACUUAUUCGUGCCACUAGCAACUUUCUCGAGGAAGGGAAGUUAGGACAGGGAGGUUUUGGAGGCGUUUAUAAAGGUUUUUUGUCUGAUAUAAGCCGGAUUAUUGCAGUCAAGAAGAUAUCAAAGGGGUAUAAACAAGGGGAAAAGGAGUAUGUAUCAGAGGUGAAGGUUAUCAGUCGUCUAAGGCAUAAAAAUUUGGUUCAACUUCUUGGUUGGUGCCAUGAGAAAGAGGAAUUGCUUCUUGUUUAUGAAUUUAUGCCUAAUGGAAGUCUUGACUCCCAUAUUUUUGCAGGCAAGAGGACGACGGUCUUACCAUGGGCAGACAGGUACAAAAUUGCAUAUGGCUUGGCAUCUGCCUUGCUAUACCUCCACGAAGAAUGGGAGCAAUGUGUGCUGCAUAGAGAUAUCAAGUCUAGUAAUGUCAUGCUUGAUUCUAAUUUCAAUGCUAAGCUUGGAGAUUUUGGGCUUGCUAGGCUCGUGGACCACAGUCUAGGAUCACAAACAACUGUAUUGGCUGGUACUUUAGGCUACCUAGCCCCGGAGUGUGUUAUGACAGGAAAAUCCAGCAAAGAAUCUGACGUAUACAGUUUUGGGGUGGUGGCCCUUGAAAUUGCUUGUGGAAGGCGGGCUAUUGAACACAAGGAAGAGCCUAGUAAGGUGAGUCUGGUACAAUGGGUGUUGCAGCUCUAUGGAGAAGGCCGUCUUCUUGAUGCAGCUGAUAAAACACUCGAAGGAGAAUUUGACCUUCAAGAAAUGGAAUGCUUGAUGAUUGUUGGGUUGUCGUGUUGCCAUCCUGAAGACACUUUACGUCCUACUGUAAGAAAGGUUAUAAAUGUUCUUAACAAGGAGUCUUCUUUGUCUAUCUUGCUUACCAACCUCUCGGCUCCCGCCUAUUGCACUCCGCCAACAUAUGUACAGUCAGCUCCUUUCUAUGUCGCUUCCUCCCCUGUGUUAAAAGGCAGCAGUAUUGCUGGCACCACAACCUCCUCAUCAGCGCAUCCAGUUGUUUCUGGUGCUACUCCUUUAAUGGUAGAUUAUGCAACAGUCUGAUAAUUAUUUCAAUGUAUUUGUGUUAGUAAUUUGUUAGUCAUUUACUUUUCAAACAAGAUUGAAUUUUUGUUAGAUAUAUUUUUUUUUUCUGCAAUUCCAUGUUGGUGCAAUCAAAAUUCAUGAAGAAAUGAAGACCGUAAACACCUAUGAAGGUGCCUUAAACACCGUAAAAAAAAAAAAAAAAUUACCUCAUUUGACAGCUUAUUCUAACAACUUUGAACAUAGCU